GACGCCCUUCGAUCUCGAUCUCCACCUAGCCCCCCUAGCCCUGAGCCAAAUCUUCGUCCCACUCCCCGUACGAACUUUGCACUAAACUAGUGCGCCAACAUGAGGGUUCACCAUUUGCAUGCGCCGUCCUACCUGGAGAAAGCGGCCUCGGCGUCUCCGUCUCCGGCUACUGCACCGUCCACCUCUCCUCCCUCGGCCUUGUUCCCUUUCGGCGCCUUCCAAUGCCUCCGGCCGCUGGCGCCCAAGAUCUCCCUCCCGGACCAGCCGAAGAAGCUCGUCGCGCCGCCCGACGUCCUCGGCCGCGUCAGGAACGCCACCAAGCUGCUCAGCUGCACCGUCAGAAACCAUACAGUGCAAGUGCCGGUGGGAGGGACGACGCGGUGGAACCCGUCGGCGGAGCAGAUCAAGGUGCUGGAGGCUCUGUACCGCGGCGGGAUGCGCACCCCGAACUCGGCCCAGAUCGAGCGCAUCACGGAGGAGCUCGGCCGGCACGGCCGGAUCGAAGGCAAGAACGUCUUCUACUGGUUCCAGAACCACAAGGCACGGGAGCGGCAGAAGCAGAAGCGCGCCGCCCUCCUCACCCUCAGCACCCUCGACUCUUCCUCCCUGCCUGCAACGGCGACCAAGGAUGGAGCCGGUGAUAAGAAGGAAGAUUGCGAUGAGGCGACGAACAGCUGCAAACGGCGGUGCAUGAAAUGGAGUGCCGGCCAUGGCGACGCGGCGGCGGAGGUGGCCGCCCCCGACGGCUGCACGGAUAACGUCACCCUGGAGCUCUUCCCGUUGCGUCCACAGGGGAAAGCUGCGUAGUUGUUGACUUCGUCGUACGUGCUUGUGCAUACACUCCGUCUUGCAUGCAUGCAUGGAUAUGCCUGGAUGGAGCCGGUUUUCAUUGGGAAAACUUCUGAUUUUUGCGUGUGUUUGUACGUUUGGGUUGCCUAAUUAAAGCAUGCAUAGUUGUGGCGUGAUCAGUUUCCUACUAGUGGAGUGUGUAGCAUUCAGAUGGGAGGAACUGGCUUCCGCAAAAAAAAAAAAGUUUUCCUUCACUUGCGUUUAUUAGAGUUAAGAGCUUGAUCAUUAUUAGGUUCUUGUCAUGAUUACUACAUCUAAUAAAGCCAGUAAUCACCAUAGAAGACCAAGGCAAUAUGUAAACUUCAAUCAAUUAGAUUUUCAUUAUGAUUCAUGAGCUUUACCAACACGUGGAAGCAAGUGUGUGUAAUCAGGUCGCGUGUUACAAGAACAGUCGAUGUGGUACGAUCUUACUCUUAUGUAGUAUCUAACUUUUGUGAAGAUUUGUUAGGGUUCACAUUAGUAUGUCUGGUUAGACCGGGUCACAUGAGUCAUCCUGUCGAUAGUAGCAUGCUUUCACACAAGUGGAGAUAAGAGUUCAAAUCUACACCAACCAGAGCUGAAAUAUCAACAAAGUGGUGGUCUGGGAAAUAAAUUAAGUGCUUGCUGCAACUAACCAUGAAUGAAAUCAUGUACUACUACCACUACAUUUAUUUACUUCUUAUAAGAACGAGGCUGUGUCUGUUACAACUUUUUUUCAGCAGAAACUGCAGAUAAUAUAUAUCACAAAACUGUGAGUUUGGGGCAUGCAUGAUACUAUUUCCAGCAUUCCAAAUCAUUCUGUAUACAUAUGCGUGUAGGCUACGGCAGUUCAUUCAGGCUUUCUGCGGCAAUUAUACCGAGACCUGAGCCUCUGAGCAAGGCUUCGGCGCCAGGCUUUAUACGUUGCUUUGCUUUAAACAUCUACGAGAGCACUUGUCGAGUGACAUCACGGUCAUGAUAGCGCGAGAGACAUGCUUGGUAUGCCAAUGAUAUUGAGUAGAGUUGCAUAUAUG